UACAAAGCGUUAAUAUGAAAGAUUUGUCUGCGCUAGCUGGAUGGAUACGCGGCUGUAUGAAGCAAUGAUUACGCGCGCACAGCUGACCAUGUAGAAACACAGACUGGUAUUAGCCAGACGGAACGUCUGCUUAGUGAGUCAUCUUUACGUUUACGUUGCACAGAGACGCGGUCUUUGAUGGAUGAUGCCGUGCUUACGCGCCGUUUCGAUUAAAAAAAAUGUAUACGGUGUAAAUGUGGAGGACGCCCUCCAGUGUGAGAAAAUAAGUCGGCUUGGAUCGGCAAAUAUUCUGUUCAGUACUCUCGCCUGUUAGCUUUUCGAAGUUCAAAAUAGGACAAACGUUAUCCAGUAAGGCCACAUUGUCGUCUGGCCUUCAGUUACUUAAUGGCAGAAUGAAUACGAGCGAAGGAUAGCAGGGUUCCCAACUGAAGUACUGCCUCUUCUAGGUAAGGCCGGCGCUGCCGAUUGACGAAAAAUCGGAUUCAGACUUGUCUCUUCAUACGCUCUGUGAAAUGAUAGGCAGUGUUUCUUAAAUACGUGUUUCUGUGCCCGAAGAAACAUUUUGCUAGCGUGUUUGCCUGCCAACCGAAGACAUACAGAAGUGAUCUAGACAGAGACAAAGGAGCGACCAGCCGUCUCCAGUUCCACCGGACGUAAAAUUCGGAACGUUUUCGUCUCAGUCUCCACUUCUAGCUACGUUUUCUCGUAUUUGAUUUCUUUCUAAUUCGCGUCACAAUCGAAAGAAUAACCAAUAUACCAAGUGGCAACGAGUAUAGCGUCUGCUGCUCUACGAUUUACCUAUUGGCAGGCUUAGCAGCACAAAGAGGGUGUUUGCUCCGUCGACUUUGUCUAUAAGCUCAAAACAGGACGAGUUCCAGGCGACAAUACCAGUGGCAACAUAUCGCCGGUAUUUAACACGCCUUAGUCCCCCGUAGAGCGGCCUCUGUCAUAUCGUCCGUUUAGUGACUGCUUGGGAGGGUCGAACGCAUACCAUGCCAUCCCUACGUCGAACGAAUGCCAGCCAACGUUCCGCUGAGGGGCGCGGCGUUGGGUUUGUUCCAGUGGACAGUGGCUCAGCCCACUUGAUACGUUCUGCUCGACGCCGUCGUCUUGAUGGCACUUUCGGAAGAGUUUAUUACAAUUUGUGACGACAAACAUAUAUAACAAAAUGUGACGGCUGGUUGACACAGUGAUAGCAUCAGUGAAACGUCGCGUGUCAAGCAGUUCCGUUGUUCCUGUUAACUAACUCAAUGUCAGUUUAUACUAUAGUCGUUCGGAUAAUGGUCAGGUGCCUAGGAUGGCAGCGGUUCACCACCGUAUCAUUAUUGAAAACAGUAGUUACAAAUAAAUAUUAAUAAUAAGUUAUUAUUAUAGGAGAAUGGUAAUUUUGGUAAUCAGGUUUAUAUCGCUACUGUGCCACGUCUAGCAUGACUUACCCUAGUACCAUUAUCACAGUAAUCAUACAUAUUGAGCUAUGAUCAAUUUGCUCUAGCGAAGCGCCCACGAGAAUAGAAUCAAGAUGCCUACGGUAAAAUAAGGCCACCAUCGGUUGGUAUUGAAUAGAUAUAUGUGGAUCGACAAGGGGUUUCACUCUCAACGAACAGACAGGGGGGCGUUACCAACAGCAUAUACUAAUCUACAUUUAAGUGCGUUUUGUAGCGAUUUCGAGACGGCGUCGAGCGCUUUUCAGGCAAUUUGCGUUCUGCACUAUUUGUUACUGGCAGCCCAUAGCCAGGACAAUUGAUGCUGCGAGAAGCCACAAAUGCCGUUAAAUCACGGUCUACUUAUUUUUUCGGCAAGUGUUUGUCUCGGAAGGAAGUAGCAGGCUAAAACCAUGGUGGACGUAUUUGGUUCAAUGAACGGUGGGUUGUUUUUUGCGAAAGUCAACACAGCCGGAUUAUUUUUAGGAGUACUUUGGAGUCUCAGUCAUUACUUAUACCCUACAGGGUCAACGUAGCUGCUAGCAUCAAAUCAGCACAGACAGAUACUUAUGCACUGAUGAGAGAUUUUACUACGGUAAUUGCGGUCCAGAUUAAUGGAGGAUGAAAAAAUAGAUAAUUAAUGCGCAGAACUAGUUCUAUUUUGUAAUAAGUAUUGUUCUGGAACUCGUCACAUAUGCCUAUUAGUUAUUAUAGUACAUAAUAUCACUUCUAAAUUGUAAGUAGUCGAGUGUUCCAUUGUAACAUUGAGCUGUUCUUUAAAAUCGUUUAAUUUAUCAAACACGUCGUUAGAGAAUUCUGUCAGUUAAUCAGUCUUUUUUUUUUCCUAAAUGAUGAGGUUUUUAUGUUGUUUAUUAUUAAAAAAGUUGUAUUUGCCUAUGUGUUUAUAAGAACUUUUUAGCUUUUAGGAACUUGGAGGUAAAACUUGCAAAUUUUGGCAAAAGGACACUUUGAAUCACCUUGAGUAUCACCACGAACGGCAGCUAAAAAAGGAGCAUUAUCUUAGAAACGUAACACAGAUGCGCAAACAAUAAGUUUUCUUAUCGGAACGAAUGUGCGGACUCCGUCGGCCGUGGUCGUCGUGUGACGGAUGAAAAAUAUCUGGAAUAAGCGUAUGAACUUACAAAGCCGAGUAGCGCAAUAUAAUGAAGGGAACACAACUAAUGAAUGACUUCUUUUUGCACUACAUAUUAUUCUACUGGUUUAUGGUGACAGAAAAAAUAUACUUUUCAGUAAGUUCAUCCUGAGGAAACAGUUAAACAAACGUAGGUGGCGUCAAUAGCGAGGCAGAGAGGCACCAACGCUGAUAGGACAUGAUUCAACUUUUGCGUGAAGCCCCAUUAUGGAUUGGCGAUAUCAGUAUUUUGAUGUUUAUUACAAUACGCCAAUAGUAAUCUGCGUUUCGUCAGAGAUGUCUCUUGAAUAUAGGAACCGAAUUACCUGCCACCGGACGCUUUUACCAGUAUCCACUGGCUAAAGGGUGAUGGGGCUCUGGCCGGGCAGGCCAGGGCGCCAAGAGUGAUGCGCGUAAAGGGGCGAGCUCGACUGUACUUCAGUCGAACAGCUCGCAAUAAACGGCUGUAGAAAGACACUAGCGGGCCAAUUGAAUAUACGCCGAGUCAUGCCGACGGAGAUGUGGACACUGCACGUCGUGGAGAUGCACGCUGGGAACAGCGCCCAACUGCGCUGUUUUCAGCGGCUAGACACCGCAUCGGAGAAUUGACAAAAAUCAAAGAAGAACAAAAGCUUCUUUCGGGACCAGCCGAAAACCAGAGUGGACGAAGAAUUUCAUAUCAGUCGUUGCAUCAGGGUAGCUAGGUCGCACUAGGAAUUAGUAAGCCAGAGACAGUCGAACGAGGUAAAAGGUCGUGGAGAUAAAACAGGUGCGGCGGCACGGGCAACCAGCCCGCUUCGCAACCUAGGUGUUUUCGCAGCAACGGCAGUAGCAGGACAUAUAAGCUCUGCUUAUCAACAUAGUUAGAGGUGGCUUGGAGCAAAGCUAAACGCAUUUCGCCAACUAGUACCUGUUACAUGGUGUAAGCGCAUUAGUGCAUCGUAAUUUCCUGGUUGUAUCAUACACGCACGAUAAUCCAGGCAACGGCAGCUGCUUACGGCAGAAGACGACGAUUUUUCGAGGCUCAAUGGCAGGCGACGAAAAUGCCCGGGGCCCUCGGAUGUACGCGCGGGUUAUGGUCGAUACGUCGUACGAUCUCGAGCAAAAGCCAGGCGUAAUGGAUACCGUGAGGCUGAGCAAAGGCGAAAGUCUUGAGGUGCUCGAGUUCCAUUCUGACGAUUGGUGGAAAGUCCGGCGAUGUCACGAUGGCAAAGUUAUGUUCGCACCGCCCGCGUAUCUUGAGCUGGACUAUUCGCGUCAAGAUUCGUUGGAGCGGAGAGCGUCUUCUCUCGAGUCGUCGAAGAGUUCGCAGGAGCGUGAUCAUUCGAAGGGAUCGAAGGACACGCUUGAUGAUGAUACCCCACCCGAACCCCUCGAGAGGGACUACCCUCAAUCGCAGCCGACCCCGCAGCAACUGCACCGGCUUAACAGCAGCAACAGCCAGCAACAGCACAACACUACGCCAGCAUCACAGCGAUCGCAGAUUCCUCAAAUGCGUCAUCAGUAUCAUCAGCAACAACAAUCCCACCACUCUCAGCCUCAGCCGCCACCUCGAAGUUCGCUUCGCACGCAGCAGACGAUUUCUAUAUCGUCCGCGAGCACAACAACGAGUAGUGCAGGAGGAGCAGUAUUGUCUGCUGCGACGGUGACGAAGUUACCGUCAUCCGGUACAGCUGCAGGUGGACUAUCAGGCACGCGGGGGGUUGGAGGGACAGCGGUGGUUGGCUCUAGUGCCAAUAGUAGCAGCAGUUGCAACACCGCAGCAUCUGCAGGUGGAGCCAAUGCAAAUGGAUCUGGAGGCGUCUCUUCCUCAACUGCAAAAGGCCAAAGUAGUCACCAACAAAGUGAUGUGAUACUAUGGAAUAAAUUAAGCAAUAGAGGCACCAGCAGCAGCAUAAACACGGGUAGCAUAAGCAGCGUUAGCGGAAACAGCGCCAGCUGUACAUCAAACAAGACCCAAGCAGGGAACAGCAACGCCAGUUCUGCCGUUGGUUCCGCGCAAGGUUCUGCUGGACCGGUGGACUCUUCCAAGGGACGAGAUCGCACGACCGGGUCGAUGACGCAGGGGGUGCGUCAUUCGCACUCCAGCCCACCAAACAGCCUGUUUACUCAAGCUAGUCUAGAGGUGCACCCCGUUGAUGGCGACGACAUCGAUGUGGAUAGUUCGCCGAGUCCUGGGAUGGCUCCGGGAUGCGGUUCUGGUGGGCGAGGCCCGUUUGAGCGACGUUUCCGAAUGUCGCUUGAUGAAGCUCUUCGGGAGCGUCGAGAGAAGAUGGGCGAAGUUGUAGACGACGGCAGUGAACCUCGUAGCGAUGAAGAUUCUCUUAUUGAACAUCAACAAACCGGUUCUGAUCUCGACGAAGGUGAUGAGGACGACCUGGUGUCAAAUUCGCCCACGGGCUUCCGCUUCUCUAUCGUGUCCUCGAAUACACCAAACACGUCCAAUCCGUUGCAGCUACCGCCCCGUACAGGGCCGAUUCAGCGAGGGCAUUCAGCUCCGCUUCGGCCUCGAAGUGAGGGACAUCAGCCGCAGCCGAUCUACGCCAACGUCCAGCAGCCUCAAGGAGACGUAGUGAUCGUUCAUGCGCAUGGACAGCAUCAUCAGUCAAGUGGUGAACACUCCCAUGUCCACAGCAACUUUCUCGAAGGUGGACAGCUUAGCGCCCCUCUUGAUCUCGCACUUGCUACGACACCUCCUUUUCCGUCUCCGAACGAAGAUCCCGUCCGAUAUCUCUCUGACCAUUGGGGCGAGUACCGGUCAACUGGAGGACGUCCGUACUACUACAAUUACGUGACGGGUGAACACUCGUGGAAACCUCCGCGAACGCGGAAGAAAUUUUCUAGUCAGCGUUUGGCGCAAUCCGUAGAUUCAGUUGAUGGGCUUGAGGCGCUUGACGGCCCCGACUGCACCGAUGGAGGUUUGGAUAGCUCCGUUGAGGGCAUUAUGCCUAGUCCUCCGCCGAGCCCAACGGAAACUAUCGCAUCUGGAUGGAGCAAGGUGUAUGAUGAUAUCAGCGGGUCGCUAUAUUUCAUAAACGAGCUAAAUGACGAAAGAUGGUGCACUAGCCAGGAUAUUGAUGGGCGGGUAUAUUUCUAUCAAGAGGGCACCCAACGGACAGCCUGGGAAUUGCCCAAAAUCACCCCCUGUCCCCCUCAACGGACGAAGGUGGCUCCACGACCUCCGCUACGGCGAAAGAAGCAGCUUGAGGAUGAGUGCUCGAAAACAGUCCUUCGACACAACGAGUCAGAACCGAGUGGCGCCACAAUCCUACGGACGAAAACCCUUCCAACGGGUGGAUCAGGUCCAGGCUUACCGAAAGGCGUUGGCACUAUCGGCCGCGGUUCCGGUCACCAGGUGACCUCGUCCUUCAGCAAUUCAAACAUUGCAGCGAUGGAUGCAGCUCAGCAGCGGGCCAAUAAAGCACUUCACCAGCAACGCCAGCAGAUUUUGAUCCACCAUCAGCAACAACAACAGAAACAAGUGGCAUCGGGAGGAGAGGUCGAUGGAGAAGGAAAUACCCCGCAGAAUUCGUUGCGUUCGCUUAAGACUCGGUCGAUGAUCCUGUCUGAGCUUGAUUGGCGUUCGAAAUCAGUCGAUAUUAUAAGCAGACUUCCGACUGGGGUUACGAAUACGAAUGGCGAACAGGGAACGCAGCUGGGCGUACACGUUCUCAGUGUACAGAAGCUUCCGAAUCUAGCCGAUAUCGAGGAGACGGUAAAACGUCAGGGUUCACUGAACAAAGCGGAUCUAGUUAAAGCUGGUAAAAAAGUGCAGAAAAAGAACUGGGUGUGCUGUUUCCUGGUGCUGACGUCCAAGAAUCUGUUUGUAUACAAGGACGCACAGAGCGGGCAGCAGCCGACCCCUGGCGAAGGUGCCCUGAGUCGGCUUGCGCUCCCCGGCGCGCUCAUCGAGUGGUGCCCCGACAAGUCGAAGCGUAAAAAUUGCUUUCAGGUGAGCACUAUACAGGGGCAAAAGGUGCUCUUCCAGGACGACAACGUCCAAACGUCGAAAGAGUGGUUCGAGUCCAUCAAAGGAUGUAUCAUCCACCUACCGCUCGGCUAUGAUAUCUCGGGCGAGAUCCUAAAGGCUAGGACGCCACAGGGUCGAGAGUCCAAUGCCCGCUUGGGGGGUAUAAGCUCCGCUCCGCACCAUAAUACUGUCGCCAGGGACUUCUCUGUUGGCACCCUAACCAAAGAUACAUUGAAACGGUCGAAGAAGGUGUUACGAUCAAAAUCGAUCAAGCUACUUAGGCCGUCCAAUACUCUACCCGGGAGCUCGGGCACGAGCCAUGGGUUGGUGGCUGCCAGCCCGGGGGGGCUGGGACCGCUUGAGACAGCGACGGGAUCGGAAAAGGGCUCGACAACGGACCUCGUCACGCUGAGUCCCAACGAACGCAAGCGAAGAAUUGGCGACCGACUCAAGAUGUUCUUCAUGAGACGACCUACCCUCGAAAUGCUCAAAGAAAAAGGAAUUAUCAAGGAUGAGUUAGUUUUCGGCUGCACGCUAGCGUCGCUCUGCGCGCGGGAGCAUUCAACUGUGCCGCGAUUCGUAGUGCGUUGCAUUGACGCUAUUGAAAACAAGGACAUGCGAGCUGAUGGCAUCUAUCGGGCGUCCGGUAACUUAUCCCAGGUACAGAAAGUCCGGUUCAGCAUCAACAUGGAUGACUACAGCGUCUUGGACAAGGAGGAAGAUGUGCACGUGCUCACGGGGGCGCUCAAGAUGUUCUUCCGCGAAAUGAGGGAACCCCUAUUGACGUACGCGCUGUUCGACCGUCUGCUUGAGGCCACCCAAAUCAAAGAGAGGUCACCAAAGCUGGCUGCCUUUGAGGCCAUUCUUAGCGAAUUACCAACAGUAAAUCGUGACACGUUGCGUUUCCUUCUCGAACAUCUCCUUCGAGUGAAAGAAUACAGUUCGGAGAAUCGGAUGCACAUUCAAAACCUAGCGAUCGUCUUCGGGCCGACUCUUCUUUCAUCAGCUGAUCGUAUGAGCCGAAAUAUCGCAAUGGAUACUAUUCAACAGAACCAGGUUAUUGAAUUUAUAUUGGUUGAGUUUAACGUGUUAUUUUGUUGAUCGUCAACUGCUACAACCAAUACUAAUAGACGGAGGAAUGGACAGCCAGCAAAUAGGAACUGAAAACAAGCAAAAACUAUAGUAAAUGAGGUAAUGACAUCAAGCUGCCUGAGAUGUUCCCAGCUACCGAGUGCGAAUGAGCUAGACGGGGCAAGAAAGAAACAACAAGCUGAGUGAUCCGGAUUCCUAAUGACGAGGGCCAAAAUAGUAACGGAGUUAAUAUAGGGACCGGUGAUAGAUCAUGGAUUGUGAAUGGUAAGCAAUACUGAGACAAGACGAAACAGUAAACGGUUGCAUAGAGUGAGCGUUGAGGUGUUACGAAAAAAUCAGCGGACAUGACGGCACAACGAAGAGAAGACGAUAGGCUUGCGCUUGCCGAAAAAGGUGGAAGGAGGAAAAUUUAAGUUAUAGAAUUUACAUCGAUCGAUCACCUUUGCAUUACAAUAAGGCGGCAGGAUAACCAAGAACAGGAGAGACACAAUUAGGCGCUGAAGCUGACGCUGGGCAGCUUCGUCCACUCUCGCAAGCUCAACUGUAAACCUUCGACGAAUUGGUUAAAUAACGCCUGGUAAUAAUUGAACAAUUAGAAACCAGAACCGUUUGUACACCUAAUAGCAUUCUAGUAGUGCAAUGACACGAUUUGCGUCUUCUUCAUUGUUAUUCGUAUAACUUGGUAAAAGGAUGACAUCUGAUUUGUUCAGGACCGUUACGCUAUGCGGACCCCUAGGCUUAACUGCAAAGUUGACUCAUGUUGUGGGUAAAUCACAACCGUCUGCCCUGGCGAAGAAACGAAUUUACCAAGAAGAGAAAGUGUUUCGCUCGUUUAGGCUUAGGCUUUGUGACAGCUCUGCACCGAACGCUGCAAACGUCAGCCUAAGUCGGCGGCAAGUCAAUAGGGGAGAUGCUUAAUUAGCAAAAAUGUUAAUAUAACGAUAUCUUCGCCAUUCUUGAAAUGCUCUUUCGAGGCUUUUUACGAUAAGACGGGAAAAAGCAAUGAGAAAGCGUAUGCCGUGUGUGUAGUUCGUACGUACGCACGCAUGAAGCCCUCCUCAAAGGCCAAUACUCCAUUCGUGUUCGCAUGUCGCUUAUCCCUGUCAAAUAGCGACAAGUAACGCUAAUUUUUAAAGUGAGGAACGCCGGAGAUCUCAUCCUGUUAAUUCGUCACUGGCGCGGCGUGCUCUUUAACUCGAUCUGAGGAUAAUGUAAACUAAUAGCGAUUGAUAAUGAUGGAAAAUAUCCUUCAAACGUUUUUCGUUUCUGUUAUAAUAAGGUAACUGAUUAUUAGGAUAGGGUGAUUAUGUUAAGUGGUUGAUUGAUUGAGCCUGAUAGAAAUCAGGUAAUUUGUACUCAUCAGUUACACUGGACCUGCUUAGAGGAACGCCUCAAUACGAACAUUACUACAGUUGUGCGUCUCAUAGUCGGACCUGAGCUGACAUGUGCUCUAAAAAAGAUGCCGAUAAUGAUGAUCAUGGACAGGAUGGUAGCAGUCGACGUUGGAUUCCUAACCAUUCGACAAACAGAUUACGGUUGAGUAAAAAAACCAAAAAAAGGACAUUUUGUGUCCGACUUCCCUCAGUAACAUUCGAUUCGGCAAUCGACAUAGAGAAAUGAUCAUAUUGUCUGUCACUAGAAUUGCACCGCUACACCUGUGUCUAGUCGAGGUGGAAUAGUAUCUGUCCUUGGAAGGUUUCACGCAGAUUAUGCUCAUACCAUCCGACGCGGAUCUAAUCUAGCUACAUAAUCUUAUUUAUUCGUCUAAUGCAGUUGAAUCAGGUCUAAGCAGCAGCAGCCAGGCGUCAGAUCUUUGGCGUUGGGACAGCAAGCAACUUUGUACAUAAAAAUAGAAGCUUAUUUGACGGACGAAGUUCAAGUUGAUGUAGAGGAUGCUGGGCGCGGGUAAACAUCUCACAAAUUAAGUCUUCAUCUUAGUAUGGCCAAUUUGUAUGAUUUCGCGGGCCUUUGCCUAGUUAACGGCCGAGAGCUCGUCACCAAACGUCCUCGAACGAUUCCUGAGUGGGGUCAGUUGUCGUAUGGGGAAAUACCGGGUACUACCAUCAGCGUCUGACGGCGCCAGUUUACAGUCGUUAUCAGCUGGCAGUAUGACGUAACUGCCCACCGCCACUGGAAUUGGUUAAACAUAUUAUAAAAGUCGAAUGCAAGGAUGUAGACAGACAAAUUCAAUUUAGGGGCCCGUCUUGUUGUAUAAGGGCAAUAGAGUAGCGGUACGAAUGAUCAUUACAAACGAGAAAAUACUUUGUGUUUGUUCGACGUUUUCAACAACAAGAACCCAGAUGGUGGUUGGCAUCGGAGGUGAAAUAGUGAAGUUGAUUUCUAGCCAAAUAUUUUUUUGCUAAAUUUCCACAGGACGAUGCGCGCUGGCCAUUAAGACGCGCUAAAAUGUACUCGCAGCUACGUAUGUUAGGACAGCUGAUGAUAUUAAAUGAAUCGAUAUAUUUAAUUUGUAUGUGUUAGAUUAAUUUAAGAAGAUCGAACGUUUGAGCUAGGCGCAUAGAGCGGACAAUAGACCUAGUGGAGAUGUUCUUCCAGCAUUUUACGAGUUAUAUAUAUAUAUAUAUGCAGCAAGCUUUGGACAGGCCACACUUAUCACUACGUUACCGUAUAUCAACACAAAGCUGUAAGUAGCUUUUCACGAGCAAUGAUUUUCAAGAUCGCACAUUGAGUUCCUAUGAGAGUAGCAGUUAGCUGAUAUGGCAAUGUAUCUAGUGCAAUGAAUGUAGAUUAUUGUUAGGACUGCAGCAGGAUCAGUUAUCCUUUAAUAUUAAACACUGCGAGCGCUAUGAUGAGGACCGAUAUGUUCAAUUGGGGGAUCAAUCACACCCAUCAAAUGCCAGCAUGCCAGAGCGAAGAACGUAGGAGCUCGUUCCUCUAGCCGCCUUUAGCUUUAAUCGACAAAGGCCACUGUCAAAACGAGUUCUUCGAAAAUAGUUUCUGACUAUCAGUCCCCACAGAUGGAAUGGCCAGACAGAGAUCGGAAAGCUCCAGGACGGACCAAAUCAGUAGAAACGUUUCUCCCCUAGUUUUAUUCCACUUCACGUCCGGCAGCGCCGUUAGGCAUUCCAUCGAAACGCAGUUUAUGCUCGGGUGCGACGUGUCCCUAAAAUUAGCAGGCAAAUACGUUACCCAUUAAGUUAUUAGGGGGGCACUGUUUUACCUGCGCCCCCGGAAGCAUACCUUGAAGCGGCACAAGCGGGUUGCCGCGACGACAGCCAAUAAUACAUUACUAUAGGUAUAUAUAUGUGUGUAUGUGUGUAACAAAAUGAAUAACACACUCAUAAGACGCAUACUGGCGACGCUAAUGGUUAAGGAUGGGGGUGUUCCUUGUAAAAUGCUGCGACAAGCGGCCAACAGUCGCAAGUACAGAAGAACCUAGAAACACCGAAUGUGCGAAGUGUGAAGAUAAUACAAAGAACAAAUAUAUUAUGAGAACACAUAUUCCGGUAAGGGCUUCGAUUUUAUGAAUUCUACGCGGAAAGAAGGGUCAUCAUGAUGGUUGAGUUUCCAACGUUCGUUUUUGGUGAUGACAAGGCCGGCAGAUAUAUGCAGACAAACAUCAGCAGGCAGACCGCAGCGAUUACGCAGAAACACAUAUACAUUAUAGCGACAUAAACGCAGACAAAGCAAAUUAGAGCUGAUAUAUGAAAUAGAUAAUAAUCAUUAUUAUGAACAGUAGCAGAACAGAGUUUAAAUAUUGUGUAGAAAUUUCGAUUUGUAUUGUUUAUUUGCUUCUGAGCUUCAUAGACGCGCAACGGACAUGCGUGUAUGGAUUGUGUGCGCUUACCUUCCAGUUACGCCUCCCGCCCCCUAUCGAAACGAGCAACUAUUUUAAUUGAAAUAUACGCCCUCUAUACAUAAUGAUAACGCUCAAUGGCCAUGCCAUUGUCCACCAGCCAUUCAAUAGACGCGUAGAAAGUAUUGAUUUUCGCGUAACAGACGAUUACCAUUACUCCCAUUAUAACGACUACGCUAAUUAUAAUGUUAGUUAUCAGUCUUGGUGUUAUUGCAAAGUUGACGUGAAACAAUAAAGCCGACCAUGUUGCAGGAGAGGCGACAGAAGCAUGUAGAGGAAUGAAUGGGGCAAACGAAAUUGUGAUGAAUGACAUUAUUAUGUAGAAAUAAGACUGUAACAAGGAGAUCAGCAAAUGUAGCAAGAGAAUAAUAAUAUAUUCUGUUGUACCUGUUCGUUCAAGGACAGGACUGAUCCUUAGUUUAGUUAAUAUAGAAAGCGGUUCCAACGGACGCCGAGCCGAAAAUGGCCAAUUUUUAAAGUUGCAAAAUUGCUCUAGGUUACCCACAAACCAAUGUAGAUAUGAAUAGAAAUAAUCACUGAUAAUUCUGAUCGCAGAAACAUAUAUGGCAACAAGCGAAUAGCGACGACAGAACGGUUAUGAUUGAUGCAACAGUAUCUAUUAACAUACUAAUGAUAAAAUCCGAUCGAGCGGGACGCUAAGUGAUGGCGGUAAGCGUACAGCAUGCGCGUUCCAAGUGUCAUACACCUUGUUCCGUUUUUCCAGACGCUUUGGCUAAUAGUAUCUCGGACACGAUAGACUGAAUUCGAUCUUAUAUUCACAAGUACGAGCAAUGGCUUGAAUAAGAUAGAAACAAUAACUAGUCUUAUAAAUGUCGUUAAGCGUUUUUUUUUUUUUUUUUUUCUUUUUCCUUUAAAAACAAAGUCACUGAUGAAUGCUAAGAUUACACAGGUGGCGAUGUCCAUUUUCUAUUACAUUUGCCCGGUGGAGGAUUGAACCUUUAUGCUAAAAAUGAAAGGUGAACCUACUAGAAAGGCUAUGUGACGAUGGAGAGUCGAGUGGUGACAGGGCAGACAGAGGAACCUUCCGCACGAGACACGGGGGCCAGCUAUAUGCAUGAACAGCGAUCGCUUGGUAGUUUCUGUCUGGGGCUGAGAGCGAACGACAAAACACAGAUGUAAUUUAGAGCAAUUGCAUAUUUCAUUGGGUUGUCUAGCAUUAAGGAAAUGGGCCUGUAUGUGAAAAGUAUACAUUUUACCCCGCAGAAACCCACUGCGACAGUAGCAACGGCUGCAGCAACAACAACAGAGAAGUGGCACACAAAUGAAAGAUAAGAAAAUCAUUGAAAAUAAAAACAAUGUUAAUUUUAA